CCUCCCUCAGCCGUCACCCAUCCCAAAGACUGAUUAGCGCGGCAUCCUUCCACUGACACACCAUGUAAUUUCUGGAGAUUACUGAUUUUUUUUUUCUCUCCCCCCCUCAUCCUGUCUCUAUGUGUGUGUGUUUGCCUCCGCUUCCCUUAAUUUUUGACGCGUCGGUCAGCAGCUCCAGGAGGGAAACGCGUGUCUCCAAAAGACGUUUCCCACCGUGUGCGUCUUCAUAAAGGGCAAGAAGAAGAAGAAGUAGUAGAAGAAGAAGAAGAAGAGGAAGAGGAAGGACGUUAUUUAUCCUCCUUUUUUUUUGUCUGUGUUGUGCUCUGAUGACUAAAAUCUCUCGGAUGGUCGCAGAGGGACUCCGAGCAUCUGGCUGCCCGACGCGGGAUGGAAGCCGCCGUCCACCUCUGACCCAUCAACAGGAGGACGAGACGUUUCAAGGAUAUCAGUGAAGACAAACUGCAGGGGGGGGGAAAAAGAGGGGGUCUUAAUUAAGGGGUAAAAAGAAAAAUAGAAAAAAUACACGCCGAGACGCUGGAUGUGAUUUUUAAACGAGGACAGGCAGGAUUUCGUGCGUUUUUAUUAAUCCAAAGCCACAGAUUCGAGAUCAGUUGCAGGUCCGCUGGAAUGCACAACCCAAUUACGCACGUCUUUUAGCCUCCAGAGACGCACGGACGCGGUGUAAAUAACCUGCCCCACCCCCACCCACCCAUCCACCCAUCCAUCUAUCCACCCCUCUGCCCUCCCCCCUGCAUGCCUUUCACACCGGUGUCAUGUGCUGGUGACCCAUCCCAGCAGCACGGCCACCUGAAGCCUGCCAGCAGCUAAACAAACCAUAUGGCUCACCUGCCGGGCACAAGCACAGGAGGACUUCACUGGAGUGAGCCUGCAGACUGGCGCUCAGUCAUGUGAUGGUGAAACUGCGAGGAAGACAGCAAUAACGCUGACGUGAGGCAAUAAGAUAAUACUAAUAAUUUUUUUAAAAAAAAGAAGUUGAUCAUCAUUCUUCCAAAGCCAAAGACAGCGAGAGGAGACUUCCAGCUGUCACUCCCGCUCACGCUGUGGCUCUGUCAAGAACUGACCCUCCUGGUGUUGUUGUUUCUAUGUCCGGGUCACAUCAGCACUCACACACGAGGGGAGAAGAAGUCAGGGAGUGCUGCUUCAUGUUUCCCAUCGAAGGCAUUCACGCAUGCAACAAUUUGACAUUUUAACAGACUUUUUCUGCACUACCACUCCGGCUCCAUUGCACGGCUCACUCCCUCUCUCUCUCCCUCUCUCUCUCUCUCUCUCUCUCUCUCUCUUUUGCAAGCUACGUCUUCCAUUUUCAGCACAAAACCCUCAGCGGCAUCAACCCUAAAGGUUUCAGUCUUCCGGUAGCUUUUAUUGCUAAUCACUGACAGUGCCACUUAUCGACCGGCCUGUGGAGUCCACAGUACUGGAGGUCUCAUUCUUAAGGGCGUGCCACAGAGUAUAAAUAGUUGAACAAAGGCCUCUUUUGGAGGGACAACAGGCCGAAACCUGAAACCCGGUGUGAUUCCUCCCUCUGGUAACUCUACACGCCGGCACACUGACUCUGCAGCAGCACAGAGUGAGGGUGAGCAGUCGAGGCUGCAGGGCACACGCCCUCCACACUGCUGCUGCUGUCAGAGUGUUCAGGUGCUUAAGAAGGCCAGAUCAGCAAGAAGACCAACCCACCCCUCCUUCCAGCCCUCCUUCCAUCCUCAGCUGAAAGAAGAAGGGGGGUAAAAACAGGAGGAGGAGGAGGAGGAGAAGAGGAAGAAGAGGACACCACACCCAGAGGAGUCUCGUCUUCUCACCUCCCCAGUCUCUUAAUCACAGCCGGGACACCUCUGGCAUCCAAGUGCUCAUCGCCCAAGUUGGAAUAGCUGCUGUAGAUCUGUCUUGUGUCUCCUGUUCUGAGGUGUGUGUGUGUGUGUGUGUGUGUGUGUGUGUGUGACAGAGAGAGAGAGAGAGAGAGAGAGUGUGUGGUGUGUUUUGACGCCGCUGAGAGUCGCCACCGGUCGUCUCUCUCCUGUCAGGAUGUCUGCAGAACAGGAGCUGCUGCUGCUGCUGCUGCCUCUGGUCCUCCUGGCGCUUCAAGCGCCUCUGUGCCGUGGAGCCUGCGUGGAGGUGGAGUCGGACACAGAAGCCGUCGCCAGCAAAGGCUUCAAACUGGGCUGCAUCUCCUGUAAGAUGAGGGCCGAGGUGCCCGCUGUGACCACGGUCGACUGGUUUUACAGGGCGACAAAUGAUGCCGAGUUCUCUGACUUGUACCACUAUGACUAUGAGAGCGAAAUUAAAGGAGAGGUGCUUGACGAACGUUUCGAGGACCGCCUGCACUGGAAUGGCAGCAAGAGCACCACCGAUCUACAGGACGGCUCCAUCUACAUCCUCAAUGUGUCCUUGAACGACUCGGGAACCUACCGGUGCAGAUUCAACCGCGUUCUCAAGUAUCCCAACGAGUACGAGUAUCAAACCAACACCACCAAGGAUGUCCACAUUAUUGUGGUGCGGCAGCUCACCAGGGGACUGGCAUCCAUCUUGUCUGAGGUGAUGAUGUACGUCUCCAUCAUCGGGCUGCAGCUCUGGCUGGUGGUUGAGAUGAUUUACUGCUACAGGAAGAUCGCGGCAGCCGGGGAGGAAGCUCUGAGAGAGAGCGCGGCGGAGUAUUUAGCUAUAGCAUCGGAAAGUAAAGAUAAUUGCGCAGGUGAACAAGAGGCAGAAUAGCACCGGUCGAGGAAGAACUCAAGGCGGCUUCCUUGAGGAUCCUCACAUCCACUCUCACGCCCUCUCCUCUCACCGUUGCUCACCUCCCACCAUCCUCUCCACGUGACGGGAUAAAAGGAACCACAGAGAGGAGAGAGGGAUCUUCAUAGGAAGGUUUUCUAAGUGACUCUCUGCCAAAGGAUUUAAAAGGACUGAACUGUGUCCCGUUCUGAGGGACAGGAGGGAUGCAUCAGGUCCAACAGGACAGAGGGGGAGAGCAGCAGUGUAUAUACGUGUAUAAGUAUGCACAGAUAAUCCUUGAACACAUGUAGAGUAUAUCAUAGGCCUACGCUGUAUAUCCACUGACUGCAUGCUAACGAGCUUAUCAAGAACAGCUGACAUCAAGCUUCUGACGUUCUGUCAGCCGUUUAUUUUUAAUCCGUUUUGUCAUAUUUCAUUUCACACCGUGCGUUGGCGUCAGGGUUUGACCGUUAAACGUUUUUAUAACUGAACCGGUGCCAGUGUUUCCUUGUUUAUGAAGCUAUGGUGCAAAUAAAAACGUUUGUAAUGGUAAAUCAAAACCCCACAACGACUAGAGGGGCAAUCAGUAGAGCGCAUACCUCCACCAAGGCCUGAUAGGCCCCUUUUUGUACUCCAUCUGCCUAAAUGUGCUUGAUUUCAGGUCAAGGAUCAGUUUUUGGAUUAGCGUCCAUACAUCAUUCCCAGAGAAAGUAAUAAAAAUGUUGAAAAAUGCCCAAGAAAAAAAGUUCCUGGAUUCAUCCCUUGAUUCGGAUUUGCACCAAAGUUUAAUGUGGUCUAACAAGUAUCAUGGAAACUCGCUAAACAGUUUAUGUGUGAUCACAAACCAACCAACAAAAGGAAAGUAUUUCAUUAAAUUCCUAAUUUAGACCAAAGCGUGACACAAUAAAUGUCCAAAGAAACAUAACUGCACAACGUCACCGGAUCAGUGGUAGCCACACAACCGUAUAAUCUUCAAGGACACAUAUCGACAUAUUCAUAAGCCAGAUAAAUUACUAACUACUAACUAACUAAUUAAAACUGGUCUGACCCUGACUGACAACACAUCACCUUUUACUUUCCUCCCCCAUAUGUUUUCAUUUUUAAUACACAGAGUCAGAGAGCAGAUUUGAAUGAAGGCGGAUGUGAGAUGAACCUGCUGUCCCUUUUUGGAGCAGCUGUGAGAAACAGUGAGUCACGAAUGUCACACAUCAGGUGAAAGUCGUGAUAUCUUAAUUGUAGCUGCAUGUUUAGACGCCACAACUCAACAGGAACGUGUUCGCCCGUCUGUCUCGCGUUUUACCUCGGGAUCACACGCUCACACGCCUGCACGCCGAGAGACACGUUACCACUGUCGAACAUGAACUCUGCUCGAUGUUUCAGGUCGUCACUGGAGGGUGUUGUUAAGAGCUCUCAGAUGAAGGGACACGCCGACAUUAGGCACUGAAAUAUACAGAAACGUAGCACCGGUCAUGUUUUAAAGGAAAGGUUCACCCAAAAAUUAACAAAAAAAAAUAAAAAUGUUUUGUGGACCUGACUUUACAUCAGCAUGAGAGUAAGAGGAUCAAGACUGAAUUUUGUUCUAACACUGGACUGGGGGAGCAUGUUCAUGUUUUUGCUGUGUUGCACUUGGUCCUGAGGACUUAUAAUGAUAAAGAAGCAAAUUCUGUACAACAAUUUAGAGCAACAUUUCAGCGGAAUUCUCCUUUAAUCAAAGCAUAAUGGCGAGCCUUUUUCUCAGACCACCUCCCUGUUUCAACCCGCAGCAGCACUUCGGGUUUUAGCGCUGAGAAAAUCUCUCCGUAGAUUUUGGUCAUUGGGACAAACAUAUUAUUUUCUCAGUUUUCACGCGAUUAAAAGUUACAUUUUAUUUGCUUUCCCAAGAUCAUAUGAUAAGUUCCUCUUACAACCCCACAUCAAAAGACCCGAACUAUCUCUUUAACCUUUGGGGAAUAAAAAAGGGAAAUUAAUUAAUUUAUCUCGCUACAGCGAAGCUUGUUUUGUUGUGAUGUAAAAAGUGCUGCUUUGCCAAUUUAUCCAAAGCGUCGCUUUUAAAUCAAAAAUGUUCUGCUGAUGUUUAAUCCUGCACAGGUGUCUCAGUGUCUUUGUAGAAAACUUAAGGGCUUGUCAAACUGCUGAUUAUCUAACUGCUGUGGGCAAACGUACCACAAAACCUGAUCCAGUGUGCCUCCCGGUGUGAAGCCAGUGGAAACCAAAAAGGAGAGGAAAAAAAAAAAAAAAAGGAAAGAAGCCUCGUCACAAACCUUUGAGGUGUGUAGCAGCGGUGCUUCUCUUCCCGGAUGGCCGGUUGUUUACUGUUGGUGAACACUUAGAUGGCAGCCGAACACUGCCACUCUGCACGUUUACUGCUGAGCUGUUUUGUACCAAAAGAGAGAGUUUGAUACAUUUUGAGAUACUGAGAAGGGAGCCAAAAAAAAAAAAAAAAAAAAAAACUGAUGCAAGCUUACUGAUCAAAAAAGCAAAAGGCUGCAAUAUAAUUUUUUCAGAAUAUAGGCAAGAUUUCUCCACUGACGGCAAUUUCAAACACUGCCAACCGAUGGGGUUUAACUUUUUGGGCAUGCAUCAGUUUAUGUCAUCCUGACGCCUUUUCUUUCCUGCACAGAUGAAGCGACGAGCGAAACGAACAACCACACUGCUCCCCACGCCGUUGGUCUGCUUUGUGUCCACGUGUUUUCUUUCAGCAACCUGUUCAUGUGUAGGUGUGGAAGUGUUGCUUGCCAAAAAGAUAAAAGAUGGGAAAAAUGAAUAAAUAAUUAAAAAGUGAUACACAGAAAGAAAUAAAGAUUCUCGUGAGGAAAACCAGUCGUGUCUCCCUCGGAUGCCUUCGAUCGUACAGAACACGGUGCAUGUGGUUGAAAGCCAGAAAUGGAUCAGAAUCAUGUUCUGGUGUGAUCUAUAAAUUCACAAACUCAGUCUCAUCUUUUAAAAACAAACCCCACUUAUUUAACUUUGAAAUCUGCAAUAACAAUGACCCGCCAGUGCCUGCACUAAUAUUUUUUUGGCUUACUGUGAAAGCUUCAUAUCCCUGAGAUCUGUACAGCCUGAGCUUAAACGUCAUGUUAGUCAAUAAACAACAAUGAGUGAUACAAGUAUUAAAAUUGUGUUGUAAAUUAAUAAAAAACAUAUAAUCUGACGUUUUCAUAGUUUCUUUUACAGAAUAAAUAUAUAAAAACAAAUUGAUCCAAAAGAUUUCUAAGCGUAGAAACGUCAACAAAAUGUUUGUUAGCGCUCUACAACUGUGUACAUAUUUUAGUUUUUCAGAUAUGCUGAUUUUUCAUGCAGAGUACAAAGAUGUUUUGAUGUUUUAUCUGCAAUAUGUUUUACUUCCUGGUGUCUCUUCAUCUGCCCACAACGACAAAACACACCUGGAUCAAAACUAUAAAAUACACUACAAUGUCUCUCAGUCUCUCUCUGACAGCCUCUCUGCUCUCGUCCCAUCACUUUGUUUAGCAAUGUAUAUCCGUGUGUAGAGCAACGACGCCAUCAUGUGUGAUCUGUUCCCGCUGUAAAAAAAGAAAAACUGCUCCAGCUGUUCUUAUUUUAGGUCGAUUUAAACAGGAUCAAGUCGACAAAAAUGUGUCAUAAUAGUUCUACAUAAAUAAAGAUUAUUGUCAUUCUUAUAUUAUCAGAUAACUACAUGAAACAUCUUACUUUAAAAUAACAAGAUAAACAGUGUAUUAUCAUUGCUUAAAAUGUUUUUUUUUGUUUGUUUUUUUGCUACAACAUAAUAGCAAGACAGUAGCAGACCACUGGGCUCAUUGUGGACGUUGUAAAAAGAAAUGAUCAAAACUGGUGCAGCAGAACCAGAGGUGUCACUUUUUUAUUCCACCCAUUCUUUUACUCACUAAACCUGGUGCCUACACUACCCACAAUGCAACUUAACCACUGUGUGAAGUCAUUGGGGGACAUUGCAGCUUCCUCUGAAGCCUCAAAAGGCUUUUUAUUAAAAAAAAAAAAAUCAAUUUAAGCACUAGCAUUCCCCAGAACCUGUAAGACACACUUUGAUGUGUAAAAUUGGUGGAAUUAACCUUCAUCCAGCAUUAUAGUUGUUUUUCAUUCUGUACACUUGGUGGGAAGUAAACGAGCCUUGAUGUCACCCAUCAGGCUCAGUGCUUCAAUCCAAGAGUCCGAUCUUUGCUGAACAGCAGCUGCAGCAGUGUUUUCCCAGCAGAUUCUGGGAUUCAAACCCGUCUCCUCUGGUUAGACGAACUCGCUGCUAGAGAGAAAUGACCUGGACGUGUUCAAAGACGGCAGUCAGUGCUUCCGCCUUGUGAAUGAAUUUUCUUGCACAGAGAAUCUCUCUUUAGACAAGAACUGUUGAGUGGACAGAAUUCAGAACAUUUCUGGAGCUUCAAAGCAAAACAGUGCUGCAUCAUUCUCCCCGUUUUAUAAUGUAAAAAAAUAAUAAUAAUAAUAAUCCAGCAUAAUCCAAGUCGUUUUUAACGCCCUCAGCAUGCUAAUGCUUUUAGCUUAGCAACUACAGAAUUUUUUUUUGCUUACAUAAAGGUUUUCUUUCCCAUUUUUAAAAUCUGUUUUAACACAUCUAAAUGUGGCAACGUUCGCUGUGAGGCUCCAAAAAUGUUUUGUGGACAACUCGAUUUCACGCGACUUUCCUUUUGCAUGAAGGUGAUCUUAUGAUGACAAAAUUUCACUUUUUGGGUGAACUUUUCAUUUAAGUUACAGGAGCCAAUCUUUUGUCGAGCAAUAUUCAUCCUUGAUUUAAAUCAAGGAAUGAUUUUAUACUUAAAAAUAUAGUUUUGUGAUUCAUCAGAAGUGUUUUCCUGGUUUUAAAGGCUGCAGUGAAGUAUGAAUUUUCUGAACUCAGUCCGUUCCAUUUGUGUAAUACUUGCCUUUACCCACUCACUUUUACUGUGAAGACCAUCCAAUUACUUUUUUUUAACCAAAUAACAGACAAACAGCUCUUCUGUAAUCUGACCCAAAUCUUUUUAAGGUGAAAAACACACACAGACUCAAAGACGACCAAGGAGUUGAUGCAUGUUUUAGAACUUUUCAUUUCUCUCCAUGUCGUGGUGUACAAUCACAUCUUUACAGUACAUUCUCAUCCCCGCUCCUGAACCAACUCUCUCUCUUUACCUCAGUCUACCCCAGACCCUCCCUCCCCUCCCUCCCCCUUAAUAAAUAUUACACCCUUUUGUUAUCCGCGGCUGGCCACGCACAGCACGGCCCACAUGCUUCUGUAGCCGACGUUUUCAGUGAAACAGAGAGAGAGAGAGCAGGUGAGGAGGGGGGGCACGUAGAGGAAAGAGAGGAAGAGUGGAGCUGAGUGAAGAGAGGAAGGAAACGGUGCAGACGGGUGAGUUGUGUUCACAUAAUCAGAGGCCAGAGUCAGGCGGACGGAGAGGACUGGCUGAAAACAAACAGCAAAUAAAGUCGAUAGAAAAUGGAAAAAAAAAAAAAAAAAAA